UCGCGGCAGCGUCAGCCGCCACAGCUGAUCGCUUGGAGAACGCAACACACGGGCGCGCACUGGCGGUAAACGGUCCGGUUAAUGUCUAUCCCAUGGUCCGGUUACCCGGUUCGACCACGACCAUAACGUUGUCCUGUGAUCAUGAUAAACAAAUUUUAUUAUUUUACCCACGAUGAAGAUAGUAGAUAACAUUAAUAUUCUAAUACGUUGUGAAUUUAAUAUUCAAUUAAAUUUGUUUUUCAGUAUUUUACCAAUUAUAAUAAUAUUUUGGUUGUGGUCGACGGCCGUUCUAAUAAUCGAUUACGAUGUGUAUUAUUUCGUUAUCCGGGCCGCCGACCGACGUUUAUGACAAUGCAAGUCGCGAGCAAUACUGUUGUGGUGAAGUGACGUAUUACGCACUUACAGAGAACCUGCAAAAAUAAAAUAACAAUUUGAUCGUUAUUUUUUUACUUCUCACUGUUUAUUUGACGCAUCACGUAUAUAUAAAUAUAAACUAUUAUUUAGUUGCAUGAGAGCUAUUUAAAGCAUCCGACGUCAGCGAAAUUCGCUAUAUAUAUGCUUAAUGUGCUUUCGACGUUGGCACCGGGCCACUGUCCUUUCGUCUGUUGUCGCCGGGCACCGUACCUAACGGCCGCCACGAGAACGGUUAACGGCUACGACGCGGACCAUUGUUCACACCGACAAACUGUUCUGAGCGCAGCCGUUUGACGUAAGCGCGUGACCAUGUUCCCGUCACAGGGAUUGUUCCGAAGCGUGUUCUUUCAGCCCUACAACGACCAGGGCUCGGCGAAAGUGAUUAACUCCGCCAAGAAUAGUAAGCAUUUUGUACAACGACUUGACUUGGAAAAAAUUUUGGAAACUCAUCGCGGAUGUGUGAAUUCUGUGAAUUGGAACGAUUCUGGAUCUUUAUUACUUACGGCUGGUGAUGAUAAACACAUAGUGAUUACCAAUCCAUUUUCAUACAAAGUUCUUGUUGAUUAUAAAACAAAACAUAAAACCAAUAUUUUCUGUGCAAAAUUUUUACCUACUGCAGAUAACCGUAUCAUUUCAUGUGGUGCAGAUGGUUCUGUUCUCAAUCUUGAUUUGGAAAGACCAGAAGAAACAGAAUGGAAUUUCUUUACUUGCCACUGUAGCCAAUGCUAUAAAUUGGAAACGAUACCCGAUGAGCCUAAUAUAUAUCUAAGCUGUAGUGAAGAUGGUACAGUUCGUCAAUAUGAUCUUAGAACUGGUGUUAAAUGUACUAAACAACGUUGCAAUAACCAUGAAUUCAUUGAUUGCGGUAAACCUGUUUCCACUAUUGCGAUAAACCCAGUUAAACCUUAUCAACUUGCAAUUGCCACAAUAGAUAGUAUGGUUAGAAUAGUUGACAGAAGAAAAAUUAUGAAAAAAGAUUUAAUUCAAAAUAUUGUUCCUGAAUUUUCUUUUACUGUUCCUCAUCUUAAUCAUCGUGCUUAUCGUAUAACAUCACUGGCAUACUCACCUGAUGGCAAAGACAUGUUGGCCAGCUAUUCCUAUGAAGAAAUAUAUCUAUUUAGCCUCAGUAAAGAUUCUUGUACGACAGCAGUUGCAAAUGACUUUCUAGAAAAUGCGCCAAUUCCACCACCAUACAGACGGAUAAGAUUAAGAGGUGACUGGGCAGAUACUGGUCCUUUAUCUCGACCAUCUACUGAUAAUCUUGCAACAUCAAGGAUACAGUCUCAAAUUAUGGCUCGAAUGAGUGCAUUGUUGAUUAAUGUGUUUAAUACACCAGCAGUACAUAAUGCCUUUAUGCAAAAUUGGAGCCCGAAUUAUUCACCUCCAGUUUCAGCAUCUUUAAGACGUACUAUAAGUACAAUUGAACCGCCAGGUGAAUUAUAUGAAGUGGAUGUUCCUAACGAUGAUGAUAUUGAAGAGUUUGAUAGUGAUUACAGCGACUCAAGUGAUGAUAAUAUUGAAGAAUCCUCUUCAAAUAGCCGUUUUCAAAAAAAUGAAAAUAAAUCAAAAACUAAUAAAAAACCUCCAGUAUUUGAUGAUUUUAUUGCACUUCAACCAAUCAAAGCACAGUAUAAAGGUCAUAGAAAUUCUAGAACUUUGAUCAAAGAGGCAACAUUCUGGGGUAAUGACUUCAUUAUGUCAGGCAGUGAUUGCGGACAUGUGUUUGUAUGGGAUCGUUAUACAUGUGAAAUAGUGAUGUUGCUAAUGGCAGAUAAUCAUGUGGUUAAUUGUAUUCAACCACACCCUAGUAGGCUUUUACUUGCAACUUCUGGUGUUGAUCAUAAUGUUAAACUUUGGAGUCCAAUAAGUAUUGAUCAAAUGUUUAUUCAAUCAUUUGCAACAGAGUUAGUUGAAAGGAAUAAAUUAAUGAUGGAACAAUCAAAAGAUACAGUUACAGUGUCUCCGUAUUUAAUAGCGCGAAUGCUUACUUAUUUCAACCAACUUAGACAUGCUGGAUCUUCGAGCAGUACAAAUACUAAUAAUGAAGCUUAAUUUAUGUAAAUCGGAUAGCUUUUGGAUUGUUGCGCGAGCUGACAUUAAAACCCAAUUUUUCUAACAUUAUAGAGACAGAAUCUAGUUAAGAUCAAUAUUAGAAGAUAUAUUACAUUUUAAAUGAUAUUACUAAUUAAAUGUUCAAUUUUUUUCUCAUUGCAUUUCAAUCCAACUGCUAUAAAUAAGUUUCUCAUCAUACGUGCAUACUUGCAUCAGCCUGACUUUCCUUUGGAAAAGUCACAAUAUUGAGAGUAAUCAGUGACGCUUGUUCAACUUACAUAUUAUGAUAUUUUAUGUAAAAUAGAUAUUUAAAGCUAGAUCUUAUAGUCUUUGCAACUUCCGUUUCAAUGUGUUUCAUUGUCCAGUAUUGCUGUUUUUAUACCUGUUAAAUUUGUUUCAAUUAGUUUUUAUCACAUGCGAUCUGGUGAGUUUUUUUUUACUUCUGGACUUUGCUGUUAAUUCAAUCUAGACUUACGACUGUUUUUCUAAUUUGGUUUUUGGGGAGAUAUUUCUUUGCAAGUGUAGUGGCGAGAAAAUGUAGUCUCUUGACUGCAACAAUUGAGAUUAUGGUUAUAUUUUAAAUAUAUAAUUUAUAUAUUAUAAUUUAUUUCUUAAA